AAAAAACACAAGUAAAUUAACUUUCUUUUUGCCUUCUGACCAAGAAAAAGAUUCGACAGGAGGAGAAAAAAGUAGUGAUUUUCUUUUUUUUUUUGGUUUCGUAGACGAAUUGGGAAAAAUGGCUCUAAGCUUUGGUUUGAUUUGAAUGUUAGUUAUUUUCCGACAAUAAGAAGAAAAUAAAGUAAAAAAAAAUGUUUGCUGUUCGGCGUCUUCUUCUUUCCUGCAAACAAGGUGCGAAUCAGGCGGCCAGUUUUCUCCGAGGGUCAUCUAGAAGAACUCAGUCAUUCAAUUACAGUCAAUCGACAAGACAGGGGGGGACACAUGGAAGGACAGAUCUUAAACCUCAGUUGCCUUUCGGAACCGCUCAGACUUACUCUCGCUCGCGUGCUCGUUAUGCUGCUCCAGCACUAGCGCUUGGGUUUACUGGAUUCUUAGCCUUUCUUCAUUACAACGACGAAAGGAGAGCUGUUCCUAAAGGUCAACCAAGCAGGAGCAAUAGUAGCGGUUGUGGCUGUGGUUCUAAUACAACAGUCAGAGGUCCUAUUAUCGGAGGUCCGUUCACGCUUAUGAGUACACAGAACAAGGUUGUUACUGAGAAAGACUUGCGUGAUAAAUGGGUUCUCCUCUACUUUGGUUACUCUUUUUCCCCUGAUGUUGGACCUGACCAGCUUAAGAUGAUCUCCAGAGCUGUUGAUAAACUAGAGUCUAAUCAUGACCAGAAGAUUCUGCCUGUCUUUGUCACUCUUGACCCUGUACGAGAUACGCCUUCUCAUCUCCAUGCUUACUUGAAAGAAUUUGAUGAUAGAAUACUUGGAUUGACUGGAUCAGCAAGUGCAAUGAGGCAAAUGGCGCAGGAGUAUCGUGUUUAUUUCAAGAAGGUUCAAGAAGAUGGAGAUGAUUACCUCGUUGAUACUUCUCACAACAUGUACUUGUUGAAUCCGAAGAUGGAGGUUGUGAGAUGCUUUGGAGUUGAGUACAAUCCAGAUGACCUCGCACAAGAAGUUCUUAAAGAAGUUACUGCCCUUUCACAAUGACCAAACACUAAAGAGAGAUGUUCACAGAAUGAAACACUAAGUUCCCUUUUAGUUUUAUUCCUUCUAUUGGUCAAAUUUUCUUAGACAUUUAGCUAGUCCUUUGGUCAUGCAAUGCAACUAUGGUUCUGGCGAGUUGAUCUGAUAGUAGCAAUUUAUUCAUCUUCCUCCUCUCAGAGUGGGCGUAGUAAAUGGGCUUCUUUCAUUUCUGUAGUUCUUUGUGGCUUAUGUUAUAAAAAACAAUAUUGGAAAUUA